AUGUUAGUUUCUGCUUGCUCACAAAGUGCAAUAGGAUUUUAUCAUGAUAUACUUGAGAAGGAACCUGCAAACAAUACGGGACUUUCAAACAUUGUUUACUGGAGUAAAUUUUUAAAAAACAUAACACCUAUGUCUGACCUACAAGCAGAAGUUUCGAAAAAUUUAAUUGACUCUCCGUCACCUCUUAGCCUAAAGAUUAAUCAUUGGUUUGCAGUUUCAGCAUGGAAAUGGUGUACUAACGAUGAUGACUGUGGUAUUUGUCGGAACGCUUUUGAAACAUGUUGUGCAGAUUGUAAACUCCCAGGUGACGACUGUCCUCUUGUUUGGGGUCAAUGUAAUCAUUGUUUUCAUAUGCAUUGCAUUAUAAAAUGGUUAAAUAGUCAGCAAAUGGCUCAACAUUGUCCUUUAUGUAGACAAGAUUGGCGGUUCCGAGAAUAAGCAUCUCAAUUUCUGUGAUUUUCUGAUCGUUGUUAAAUUUUUUUAAUAUAUGAAUUGCAGAGCAUUCUUUAUCUGAUUCUAGAUUAAAAUAUAGUGUUUGUGACGAAUUCAGUAGCGUUUAUUAGCCAACUAUUUUUGUGUAUACUGUAAUUGACGCUAAA